AUGGGAGAUUAUUUUUUUAGGAUGAAAAAGACCUGGCAGCUGCGGAUGCGGAGGGAGUUUGGAGUCCGGAUAUCGAACAAAGUUUUCAAGAAGCUCUCGCGAUCUACCCGCCCUGUGGAAGACGAAAAAUCAUCUUGUCAGAUGAAGGAAAAAUGUAUGCACAGGGCCAGCAGAUAUAAUACUGCCGGGGGAGGAACUCGGAGGGCGGCUGGUGCAGAGAAGGGGCGGCGAGUCGAGCCGAAGGGGGUGAGGGUGCGGGCCCGAAACUAUGUCAAGAAUGUGCAAUUAGUGCGCUGGGAGCGCGCCAGCUUUCUGUGGGGGGGAGACCACGUUGCCAAAGAGAAGGCACUGCAGACGAUGUCGAGUAUGUCUAGUGCGCAGAUAGUGUCCGCUACCACUGCAAUGCACAGCAAGUCUGCAGCUCUAAAUAUCGGUCUAACUCACAACAGUCACAACCCCGUUUCCUAUCCCGGAGCGCAAUUUUGGCAGCCUGGAUUACAGCCUGGGACCUCUCAAGAUGUGAAGCCUUUCGCGCAGGCGGCCUACACGGGCAAGCCGGCGACGGCGGUAUCGGCGGGCGACGUGGGGGCAGGACUGCAGACAGCGCCGCCGCCCGUGUGGGAGGGGCGGGCCAUCGCCACGCACAAGCUGAGGCUGGUCGAGUUCUCCGCCUUCAUGGAGUCGCAGAGCAGGGACGAGGCAUAUCAAAAACACCUGUUCGUUCACAUAGGAGGGCCAGCGUCGUACACUGACCCCCUGCUCGAAGCAGUGGACGUUCGACAGAUAUACGACAAAUUCCCGGAGAAGAAGGGCGGCCUGAAGGAACUCUAUGAUAAGGGUCCUCAGAACGCCUUUUUCCUCGUCAAAUUCUGGGCAGACCUCAAUUCCAACCUGCAGGACGAGGCCGGAGCAUUUUAUGGAGUAACAAGCUCGUAUGAGAGCAAUGAAAACAUGACAAUAACAUGCUCGACGAAAGUAUGCUCGUUUGGCAAACAAGUAGUGGAAAAAGUUGAAACUGAGUAUGCUCGGUACGAGAAUGGUAGAUUUGUAUAUAGAAUUCACCGAAGUCCGAUGUGCGAAUACAUGAUCAACUUCAUCCACAAACUAAAACACCUACCUGAAAAGUAUAUGAUGAACAGUGUUUUAGAAAACUUCACGAUAUUACAGGUUGUGAGCAAUAGGGACACUCAAGAGACUCUCUUAUGUACAGCGUACGUAUUCGAAGUGUCGACUUCGGAGCACGGGGCUCAACACCACAUCUACAGGCUCGUGAAAGACUAGCGGGUUAUCGGUGAAACUAUAACCUAUCACUUCAGUGCCUACACUCUCACAAUACUAGUAUUAUUAUCGGUUACAUACUUUUAAGAAAGUAGCUAGGUGAAAACGAUAUAAAUUGCCAUUUGAAUUUCAAAGAAGGUAUCUAAAGCUAACUUAUCUUCUUGAAAAUCAGAUCAUAGUACAAACAAACCCUGAAUUCAAUAUUUGCGUUUUGAUCCAAAUAAUACUCUCAAUUGAAAUCUCUUCAUUCAGUUCAUUGAAUUAAAAUAUAUUCAAAUAUAUAAUUUGAUGUUUUUCUUAUUGAAACUAAACCAUUGGUGUAGAUCAUUUUGAAUAUUUUAUUUAUCAAAAUGAUAUAUUUUUGGAGUUUGGAGAAUGAGACUGAAAUGAAAAAUAGAAAAUGUUUUUUGAAUGAAAAACAGAAUGAUUAUACUUCUAGGUGAACACAAAAUACUCGACAUCUACUCAUAUUCAAAGAAAAUAAUGUUGAUUAGGUAUCUCUAAAAUUAAAUCUAUCAACAACAACUUGAUGAUUUAGGAUUGUUCGUACUGUGAUCAAGUGAAAAAUUGUCUUAUUUCUGUUCAAUUUCAUAAAGGUUAUAUGUUUGUUUUGAUUAUAGUUUUUAUUUUAUCCACAACGUACUUCUAGUUCUUUAGUCUCUUCUCCCGAUUUUGACAAGUUGUAAAAAUGUGACCUAGUUUCAACCCGAUUGUCCCCUACAUUUUGAUAUCUUUCGCACAAUCAUAUUUUUUCGUUUUCAAAAUGUUGGAGAUGUUUGAGAUGGAGUAGAUCAUUGAUUAGUAAAAAUUAUUUAUUGUAUAAAAUUGAUUGAAUGUAAAAAAUACUAAACUUUGAUCUACUUUGAAAAUACCUUACUUAUUAGUAUAAAAUUAGGUUGAAGUUUGCUCUUUGUGAUGAUAAUUUUAAAAGUUUUAUAUAUACAUAUAGAUUUACAUAUUUAGAUUUUUAUUUGAUAUAUUUCGGAAUUAAAAUACCCAGUAUUUGAGUUAUGUUUAGUUUUUUCGCUAGUAAAAAAUAGCUUUAGAUGGUGUGUCUCCUCGAAAAGAUGUUCUAUAAUUACCUCGAAGGUAUAUACUGUUAUUUUUUUCGUGGAGAAUACUUGACCUUUGUGUUCAGUUUGGCAGCCUGAAGUUUUGCCAAAUAGAUUACCAAAUAACAUUCAGUUACAUGCAGAUAAUAACUGCAGUAGUUUAAUCUACAUUUUUAUAUUUCAAUAAUCGAAAAUAAUGUUGAUAUUGACAAUUAUUAUGGGCAUACAAAGUAUCUACAGCUUCAAUUGGUUUCUCGACUUUUACAGAUUUAUCGAUCUAAACUAAGUAAAAGUAUGUGAAAAUAUAUAUUUAUCAAGAAGGAAUAUUAUUGAAUGGAACGUCAAAAUACAGUGUGACCCACUUAAGACCGGAGCACCCUUAUAAAAUCUAUGGUGUUUGACCAAUUUAUUAUUUUUUGUUUCAGCAGAAGGACUAUCCUGCGAUCUACGUUAACACAAAUUUGCUAAAUAAAAUGUGCUCCGGUCUUAAGUGGGUCACACUGUAUAUCGAGUAGGAUGGACGUAUUUUAUUUUAGGGCUCCGUUAACCGACAAAGCGUAGGAAUUUAUAAUUUGGUAUGCGACACAAAUAUUUUGAUAAACAUUAUUUUUCCCAUUUUUUUUUAAUUAUUAUCAUUUGAAUCCAAACUUGAAGGUAACAAAUAAGUUGUAUAUUUUCAUGCUAUUUGAUGAUCUAUGAAAACAUCCUGAAUAACUUUUUUUUCUGGAGUGAACAAAUUCCAGUAGCGUACGUAAAUAUCAAGUCACCUCCAAAAUUGAAAAUUUUAUAAAAAAAAGUUCAUUAUUUCUCAUAUACCACCAAUGCUUUUGAUUACCAGUAUCAUCUCAAUAGGAUGAAUGUAAAUGAAUGUUCUGAUGCUGGUGUGUUCACAUUUAUUAAUGCAUAGUGCAAUCGAAAAAAAUAAUGCAAACAAUUGUGAAAACAUCAUAAAAAAUAUUUCACAAUAUUUUAUUACAAGUGGCAAUGUUUUGAUCUCUGAUUUAGUCUUUGGAAAUUAAUUAUUUGAUAGGUGUAUUUGCAAUUUUUGGUAGCUUAUAAUUUCAUUAUAAGAAGAAGUGCGAAAAUUAUGAAACCAUGAUGUGACUAUCCUCGAUCUAGAUAAUUUUUUACAACACUGACACAAAUGUGUCUUCUGUGAAGAUGAAAAAAUUUCGAAUUUUGAGUGCAUAGCUAAAUUAUUUGUAUUUGUUGAAUGGAUGAUAAGGAGAAUGAUGAGGAAGUGUCAGUGUAAAUGAUAAUAUUGUAAAUAUAUUUCUAUGAAAAUAUGGCGGCUAUAAAUAUUUUUAUCGUCUUAACAUGCAGUUAUAAGAUCCUUUAUGAAGUGUGCUAUAUUUAAAUGAGAUUUUUAAUCCAUAUCUGGAAAUGCCAUAUCAAUGAAUGAAAAUUAUUGAAUCAUAUACUUUUGCUCUUUAUGUGUACAGUAUUUUAAAUCAGGUUUAUAAUUUGUAUUGAAAAUUAUAAAAAUUG